AUGGCGGACGUCGAAGAAACCCGCCUUCCCGAGCGCAAACAACGUAAAUCCGUUGCUUUUGACACCGAACAAGUUGUAGUUGACGCCGACGGCUCAGUUACGAUGGUCAACGCCACCGACGAACCCAAGGAGACGGCUCAGUCGCACACGCCUCGUACGCCGCCGCUUUCCGCAGCACUUGAAGCUUUCAAUACUGAUGCAACUUCUCAAGCCGAGGAUGCGACUACCCCCGUUCCCGAUAACGCUGAGGAUGGUGGUCUCGACCUUACCAUGAAGAAGAAGAAGAAGAAGAAGGUUCCCAAGGAGGGCGACGAUACCGAGGAGGCCCCCGCCGGCGAGGAUGGCGGUCUGGACCUGACGAUGAAGAAGAAGAAGAAGAGCAAGAAGGUUCCUAAGGAGGGCGAUGAGGAUGACUUUGCUGCCAAGCUCAAGGCCUUGGACCUGGAGGGCAAGGAGGGCGAGACCGCCGAGGCUCCCGCCGAGGCUGACGAUGGAGAUAUGGACGCCGGCACCGGUAUCUGGCAACACGACGAGACUAAGGCCCUCAGCUACAGCCUCCUGCUGAACCGUUUCUUCCACCAGCUGUCCCAGAAGAACCCCGACCACGCCCUCAGCGGCUCCAAGAGCUACAAGAUCCCUCCCCCGCAGUGCAUGCGUGAAGGCAACAAGAAGACCAUCUUCGCAAACAUUGCUGAGAUCUGCAAGCGUAUGAAGAGAACGGAAGAGCACGUGACUGCUUACCUUUUUGCCGAGUUGGGUACCAGCGGUUCCGUCGAUGGUAGCAGACGUCUCGUUAUCAAGGGUCGUUUCCAACAGAAGCAGCUCGAGAACGUCCUGCGCAAGUACAUUAUUGAGUACGUCACCUGCAAGACCUGCCAUAACAUCAUGACGGGCGCAACACUGCAGGAAGGACAAGCCGACCUCCCCUCGACCAGGAGCACUCAGUCCUACUGGCAUCGCGAGCCAUCUGAGGCCCUCCUAGGGCAUCGGACUACCAAGAACCUGCCCCCGACCGCUGAUGUGGUCGUUGUCGGAAGCGGCAUCACGGGCGCCUUCGCAGCCAAGGAGCUUAAGGAGGGGCACGGUGGGGAAGGAAAGCGGGUGCUUUUGCUUGAGGCGAGGGAGGCCUGUUGGGGUGCCACGGGAAGAAACGGCGGUCACUGCCAACCCGUAGCCUACGGGCCCAACAAGGUUAUCGCGGACUUUGAGCUGCGCACUUAUGGCUACCUCCAAGACUUAAUUACCGAACACUCUAUUCCAUGUGACUGGAUCUCUCUCCGCGGCUGCCACGCCCUCUUCUCGCCGGAUCUCGUCGUCAAGGCUUCUGAGGCAAUAGCCGCUCUACCGCCUCACCUUGCUAAGCAGGUUCGUCUUGUUACGGAUGCAGAGGAGCUGAAGACAUUGCGCGUUCCUGGGGCUGUUGGGGCCGUAAUCCAGGAGAACGCAGCUAGUGUUUGGCCGUACAAACUCGUUGCUUGGGUAUUUGAGGAUCUUCUUAAGAGAUUCGGUUCUUCAGCAGCCAGUGAGAGUAACGAGUCAGAAAAGAGUGGGUGGUUCAAUCUGCAAACCAAUACCCCGGUAACGCGCCUUCAACGCUUAUCUGACGCCAACGACGGCGCGUCGUGGAUCGUACACACAGACCGCGGACAGGUGGCGACGAAACAGAUUCUCCUUGCCUCAAACGCUUAUACCAGCCGUCUCCUCCCAGCUUUUUCUGAUCUCAUCGUUCCCGUGCGCGGGCAAGUUGCCGCGCUGCUCCCGGAACCCCCCGCAGAGCUGGGACGCAGCUACGUUUUCAUGGCCAGCUCGUCCGGGUCAUCGCCCAAUCAAGAUGAUUACCUUAUCCAGCGACCGAACCCAGAGCUGGAAAUGAUUCUUGGCGGAGGGCGAGCAAACGGCACGGCGCGGGGCGUCGGGAUUUCCGACGACGACGAGAUCGACCCUGUCGUUGCGACAUACCUGCGGCGCGCGGGCUCCCAGAACAUCGACUUAAAGGGCGACGGCGGUCAUGAGAAGAGGGAAGAACUAAAGGCAAGCUACGAGUGGACCGGCAUCAUGGCCUUCUCGCGCGACGGACGGCCGUGGGUUGGCGAGGUGCCGGCUGGCGGGGUCCUCGACGGCGGAGAAGGGCUGUGGAUCUGCGCCGGGUAUACCGGACACGGGAUGCCACAGGCCGCGCUGUGCGGUAGGGCCGUAGCCGGGAUGAUGGCCGGGAGAGACAACGGCAUCUCGAUCCCGACGGAGUUUGUGGUUGGAGAGGACCGGGCAAGGAAGGCAAAGGCGCUGCCCAGCAUCAAGGAAAUGGACGACCUGGACAUGUUUUUGCUGUAG